AAGAUGUUCAGGUUAUUUUACAGAAAUGCAAGUGAGGUUUGAGUUCGUGCCCACAGUCGACUAGUCAUACUGAUAAGUAGUACUCGACUUUUGAGCUCCGACUUUUCCAACUUACUUGUGUUUUCGAAAUCAAAAGUUUUAACACGAAGCAGAUGAAGAGUUGAAUCUGGACUUCGCUCCCCAUGUCUUCUAACUUGCUAUGCUUGACUUUUAUUGUCCACGAUAGUCAGAUAAAAUGGUGACCGAUUGUCAUAAUGUCUAGGCUACAAGAUAGCUGGGAUGAUGUUGUCAAUGCUACCGAUGAUGAGAAACAUGGGAAGCUGGUCAGCUUUCUUAAUACGCUAAUUGGAAAUGGACAGCUGUGGACAACUCUGAGGGAUGCGAACAGUGUUGCUGAUUUCUUGGCAAAUCUUCUCCUGGAGAAUAGUGCCGAGUUCCAUCAUGAUCGUGGUGGGCCUGAAGCAGACUUUGGCCCACAUUGCGUGCAAUACUUCUGUACAUCUGGAUAUUUGCUGCUGCAAGCGCUGUCUCUACUAAGCUGCGAGGGUGUUGUUUGUCAUCAGCAACUUGCUAGUACUUUGAUGGAGCAGUUUUCAGUCUGCAUCGACUUGUUAUUAAAGGAAGACGAUGGGCUCAAGUCUAACACUAGUAGUUUGUGUGGUGACCUACCCACUGUAGAUGAAUGGUGCACACUGACUGGCAAGUGUUGUACACACUUACUGCACAAGUGUGAAUUGGAUGACGGAGGACAUGAUGAUAUUGGCCCAUGGCAGUCAUCUGCACUGCAAGUGUCCACCUUGCUAUUGCUCUGUGUGCAAGGCAUUUGCUUGGAGAACGUUAACCGCCAUCUACCUCAAUGGAGCAAGACAGCUACUCAUCAGCUUGAUGGUCUAUGCCAAAUGUUGCAACACCUGACUGCAGCCAUAUCCGAACCUUGCUUCAAGCUUCAACUGGUCAAUGAGCGCGUGUGUCAUCUUGGUGGUAUCCUGAUCCGCGUCUUGCUAUGUGUCUUCUAUGGUUUGUCUCAACAUGCUGCAGCGUGUGUUCCGCUAGUUCAGGAAACCAGACUCGUGCCAGAACUCCUUUCUCUGGCGACGGCAUUGGUGGAUCGUUUUGAUUCCUUGGCCAUCCCGCCCUUAAUCGGUAUGGCAGCUGAUGUAAUUCAUGUAGUUCUCCUGAUUCUUUCUCCGAACACACCUCUGCCUCUACUCAUCCCACUUGUUUGUCAGUUGAUUAAGUCUGAUGGCUUGUCAGUAGUGCAGCAGCUGAUCACAAUCGAUGUGGAAAAGCCGUGUGCUAUCCUGUGUUCUAGGAAGAGCCACGUUCAUCAGGUCAUUCCGUCUGCCAUGAAAUCAUUGUUGGAAACUGCAACUUGCUUGCAACUGCCAAGUCUUGGUUUUCCUGUGUUAGGAUCAACCAGCUGCAACCCUAUCAAUGUUAGUUCUGCUCUCCUGCUAUCAGCUGUUGACUCGGGGAUUUGUUUAAGUUCCAAGUUGACACAGGCAUUUUUGUUGUUUCUGGCCCAGUGCACGUGUCCAAGAGUGCUGUAUGCUCUUGUCCCAUUACUUGAGAGGCUUUCUCCUUGUCUAUGCAUCUCAUCAGAUGUCUGGCUAAGCAAUUUGUUGAUCGUCUACAGGAAUUGCCAAUACUCGGCUGCUCUGGGUGAGCAGGUCCUACAAUACAUGUUGGCAAUCAUCCGGAAGCUGCCUGUUUGCCAUUCAAUCAUUCAUGUUGAUGGAAGUGAAGGGCCUGGUUGUGUUGGUGGGUAUGCUGCAGAGCAGAGUGCUGGCUGGCCAGUGUCCUUGAAAGCCUACCUUGACAUGAUCUUGACCUCUUCGUUGGAUAUUGCUCUAGCCCUAGUCCAACAUCUUGGAAAGUUUGCAGAGUGUGCUGGCAGUGCACGGUACAAGCUGUGCUGGCAAGUUGCUGUUCCGUUGCUUGAGGCAGUUAGCAAGGCUGAUACAGGUGACUUGGACAGCCUCUCUUCCUCCUCUCUAUCUCUACUUCAAUCGUCUCUCUUGCUGUGUACCAAGAUUCUGGUUACAGCCUCUGAUCAGGAGCAGUUCCUUGAGAGAUUUCCAUGGCGUUUGAUGUUUGAGAAAUGGCUUGGUCACCCUCUGCUUCAGCAAUUCUCCCUGCCGCUGCUGGGUGUCAUUUUGUCCAUUUCAGUUGAACAGGUUUUUUCGCACUCUUCAGAUGAUGACUGCGUGUCCAAAUUGGCUGUGUUUCAUCCAUCUCAUCGGCACGUUUUGUCUUGGAUGGUUGACAUAGUAGUGUGGUGCCCUGCCACCGCUAGCAGUGGUAUCAGCAGCAGCGGUGGCGGCGGCGGCGGCAGCAGCAGCAGCAGCACCACCACCACCACCACCACCACCACUGGCCAGUUUGAAGUUGAGCAGUGGGAUGCAACAUCGUUACGCGCUUCUACCUGUCUCACGGUUCUUUUGUCACAGUGGAGUCGCUUUCCACUCAUCAAGCAGGCUCUUUGGCAAGCUGGUGGCGCAGAGAAGUUAAUGUCUACUUUGGCCACAGAAUUGUCUUGGACUGCCUAUCACAAUGAGAGGUGGCACCAAGAACAGCAACAGCAGCAGCAACAGCAGCAGCAGCAGCCGCAGCCGCAGGAGCAGCAGCAGCAGCCACCAAAAGCACGUGCCGAAAGUGCAGCAAGUGUGCAUCACUCUUUGCUGGAUUCAUUGGUCAACCGAGCUGUUGCUCUCCUGCGCUUGCUUUCAUCCAUUCUCUAUCACUUUGGUGAUGCUGAUCAGGAUAUUGCCACUGGGCUUGAUGAGCUCACACCAACCUUCCUCAGACUGUGUACGUUGCCGAGUGAACUGCUAGUUCCUCUUACAACUAGCCUUGUUCAGCUGUGCACAUUCUCUGCACAUUCUGAGUGGACAGCUGAUGGUACUGUUGUUUGUCCGGACUGGCCAAAAUCCGAAGCGCAGUGCCAUUCUGGUCUUGCUUCUCAAGCGGACAGUGCGGAUCCUCACUCAACCAACAGCUCCCGAGCCUCUACAUCGUUUGCUCCUGGUGUUACUGAUGCUUCAGUGAGAUCAGUUUCCUCUCUCGCUAGCAUCACCCUGACCGACCAUCAGUGGCCGCUUUCAGCUAAGCGGCAGCAUGUUCACUACCAUAAAUCACUGUCGGUAGGGAAUACCAAUGGUGGUGGUGGUGGUGGUGUUGAUGAUCAUGAUGCUGCUACUACAUCUGUUUCUCCGGUGGCUAGUGUAGUAGGUAGUGGUAUUAGCAGUCAAGCUGAAUCCUCUGAUGAAUUCCCAGAUGCUGAUAGAACUGCUGAAGGUUAUGAUGCUGACGUUGAAAGUGAUGAUGACGAGCAUCCAACUCAAAGGACUGCAAGUGCACGCGCAACCUGUGGCACAGCUGACGUGUUGCUUCCUGAAGCUCCAACGUUUGUGGAAAGACUUCAACUGCCAGAUAUGGCGCGACUUCUUGUGUCAAUGGCAGCAGCUGUCGACGAGGUUUUCAUUGGCCAAAUGUUGCUGGGAUCAUUAAGUCGCAUAGUAAGCUGUAGUCCAGCGAAUGGUGCCAUAGUUACUGAUCUUAAAUUAGCCGAGCACUGCUUAAAAUGCUUCACACCAAUGUUUACUAAUACACAGAAGUCUGGCCUGGAGGAAACAGUCGUGUCUUUUUUAGUAACUGUGUGCCAGUGGCAAACUACUUCAGAGACGUUGUACAUGCUGUUCCGCCUGAUCAUCACUGCAGGCUGUAUGCAAACUCGUCUAAUGCUGUUGGCAGCGUUGUCCAAGCUAGUUGAUGUGCCCUAUUUUCCAACUCAUGCCAUUGCUUUUCAACUUGGAGCCCAGCCAACUCCAGAGAUUCUGAAUCAAAUUGAAAUGCUGUGUAUGGACAUGGAGGACUGUGCUACUCAGUGGCCUAAGAAUGGUCUGUCGCUGGUGAUGCGCUGCUGCCUGCAUGUUACUGGACUCGCAGAGAAGGCAACUGCCAUCAGCACCUGGUUUCUACUAUGCGCGAGUAGGGGGGAACAUGAGAUUCAACUGGCAGCUGAUAGUCAUGGAUCAAUACUCGUCUGGUACAGAUGGAGUGAAAAGCAAUCGAAACAAGACCCGUUGGUGUUUGAGCGUCUUCUCAAGUUUGGUGAAUGGUAUCACAUUGGUUGUGUCCUGGAUCUAACCUCACCACAGGCAAGAGUUCACCUCUACCUUGAUGGUGUUGCAGUGGGCAGUAAGCAAGUGCCUGGGUGGUCUGCUGCUGCUAUGAGCAGUGCUUCUGGUGGUCAGAGUGCGCACUCCAAAGACACUGGUGAUUCAUUGAUGUGUGAGAUUGGUUCAGAGAGUAAUCUACUGCAAGGAGCACCAGGAGCAAUCCCCAGUGAGGCCAGUGUUAAAGUCGUUGGUGAUAUUGAAGAGUCGGCAAGUCUCAUCGUGGAAGGACAGGAGGCUAUCACAGGAUCAUCCGCAUCUCCAGUUUAUUCCACUUUGCUAGUUAGCAGCACUCUGGUCUUUGAAUCACCCGUAUCUGCCACUGGUAUAUUUGCUCUCUACACCAGCAGCUUCACAAGUAUUGGAUUGGAUGGCGUAAUGCUGUACAGAGGGGGAUCUGGCUAUCAUCCAUCUUGGAUCUCUUCACUCCAUGAAUUGUUCUCAUCUAGUUUCUGGGCACAUCUGAGUGGUACUAACAAACACAUCAAGCCAGGAGAAUCAUGGUCGUUUACUGACAGUCAGACGCUCAUGGGAGAUUUGUGUAUGGGAUACACAGCGACAUCACCAAGCCACUGGUAUUGCUUUCAUUGCAAGCCAUCACCCCACAGCUCGAAUGGAACUGUUCCUGCUCAGAUCACUGGUGGUCUGCCACAAUCAGCGAAGCACACGCACAUGAAGGAUGCUAUUUUGGCCCUAGGAGGAAUGAGAGCUGUCCUCUAUCUUGCAGCUUUAUGUGCUUCUUGGGAUGCUGAGCGGAGAUGUGAUGGUAAUCGCCUCCUACCACACGCCAUUCAUCUCAUCUUUUCACUCUCAAAGGGACAUUCGGGCAACUGGCUUGAUCUGUCUCAAUGCUGUGGUCAUCAGUUACUUCGUCAAGUCAUGCUCACUGGUCGAUACACCAGCGACACCAACACAUUGCAGACGUUGCUGAACAACAUCUGUGACAAACAGCUAGUGUACUUCAGUGAAGAAGGCACCCUGGCUGUCUUAGCGGGCAGUGAUGCCAUUAUUGUUCGACCUCGUUUCAUUGAAUCAGUUUUACUAGAAUGGAGAGUAUGGUGGAAGGCUGGCUUACAAGUUUGGUACGCUUCUUUAAAGUCCUUGCUGGCCAUUAUCAGUGAAUCUCAUCCCCAUGCAGCUUUCAACAUCCGUCAGUGCGAGGAGGCGGGUGUGCUGCGCUUACUGAUCAACACAAGCCGGGACUUCCCUAGCGAGACAUGUCGACCUGUACCUGAUCCCAUCAUAAGGAUCAUUGACAGCAUGAUCACCGUCUUCCUUGGCUCACCACCGGAUAUGACUGUUCUGAACAUGUUGUGUGAUUUUCUGCUGAACGAACGCAGUAGUUCAGUCAUUCACAACAUUCCCGUACACCUACUCAACCCGCUACGAGGUAAUGUUGGUGCGAACACCUCUGUUGCUACUAGUAGCAGUGUGGCAUCUCAGGCCAAGCAGCCCAGCAGAGGACGUCCACUAUUGACCAGCACACCGGGUGAGCACAUCAAGACUCGACUGUCAAGAACUCCUAAGCGUAGUGUCAGCAGUCCGGCCCAUCACCCCAUCAAAAACAUCUCUACAGCUCUAUUUGAAGUGGCCAGUGAUGACGUUGCCAAGGAAGGACGCUUCAAUUCCGAUGGUAUACGUGCUUUGAACAGCAGUGGUGGCGGAGGCGGCGGCGGUGGUGGCGGAGGCGGCGGCAGGGUAGACAGUCCCAGCAGUCCCAUGUACACACCACACAUCAGUACUGGGAGUCGUGCACCUGACCAAGUUGACAUUGCUCAUAUGGAGGCAGAUGUCAAUGUCACCACCACAGGACUAGGAAAUGAAAUCGAUCGGAAGGAAGGAAAGGCAUCUCAAGGUUCUGUUAGCCCAGCAGCCUCUGCAGCAGCGAGACAGCGGCCUACAUUGAGUCGUGGUUUAUCCCUGCCAGUUCCCCAAUUUUCUGGUGGAUCAUCUUUGUCCAGGCACAGUCCAGGCAGGCAAAGUGACUCAUCAGCUGAUGAGGAGAUUGACGGCGUUACAUCAGCUAUGUCUGCACCUGUUCAAGCAGAUGGCUUCCUUUUUUCUACACCAAUAGCUGCCAAGACGCCUCCUAACUUCACAGUGGAGUCUGAUAAGAAGUCUACCUAUGAUAUCCCCAGCCGUGAGCAGUUAAAGAGGUUAACACCAUCUAGAUCGCAUCGUACUCCACGCACAGCACGUCAUCAUGCAGAUCUUGCAAGUGAAGUUACACCAAACUUGGAAGCUCGCAUUCUCACCCAACUGCACAACAACAUUGAGAUUGUUGCAGACGCUCAACUGCAAACUGUUCUGUCCCUGAUGCCUGCUGAAGCAUUGUUAGUACUCUCGGACAAUGACAAUAUCUCUCUUCGCACAGCUGUAGUCAAGACUGUCAAUGUCAUGCUGAAUCGCUGUGGCAAGCAAUUUCUUCAAGCAAUGAAUGAUUUCAAAGGAUUCCAUCUUCUUGCCAAUCAGCUUGUUCGGCAUCCAGUGUCUGUUGAACUAAUGAAUGCUUGCUGGUCAUUGUUCCUGAAGGCGCCCACCGAUAUUGUCGAUAGCAGUUUGGUGUUUCUAAACAAUGCUGUAGAGACUGGAGAGUGCUUGUUGGAUGCUGUGGUACCUGUGUUGGUACUGUUACCAGCCUGCGCUGCUAGUCCUGCUCACAGGCCUAUCUGCUUCAACUCUUUACUCGCCUUGCGUAUUCUAUUACCGUCUAUACCCGGCUUGUGUCAACGUCUGCUGCAAAACGGCCUUGUUGACUUGCUCACUACUCUUCUCUUCACUGUACAUGAGCUAAGCCUUACAUCAAGGCCUAACAGUAUAUGUGAUCACCUUGCUUUUGCCCUUCGUCAUUUCUGUGCCACCUUUGUCAUCUACACUUGCAGUUCUGCAGGUGCAGAGAUGUUCAGUAUGUAUGAAGAGUUUGUUUCGCACGUCAUUGCUCUGGAGAAGACAGCGGCAGCCAGUGAGCAAUCAAAAGAGAGUGGCAGCAGCGACAAUGACAAUAGCAGCACUAUCCAGUGUUUACGAUCUCUACACUACUUCUUGAUAACAUCUGCAUUGCAAACCCUUUCCGGUAACUCAGUCGUCUGUCCUCCACCUCCACUGAACUGGGGACAUAGAGUUCCCACGUUCACACCGCCUCCAGAUGCAGCCAGCAAAAGCACUAGCAGGCGCAGUAGAAGAAGCGGGAGCAGCGACAGGACUGAUGGUAUCCCUGGACUUCGACGGCAGAUUUCUUUGCAGCACGUACAGAUGGCCAACAAGACAGAGCUAAGUCAGCGCUUGAUGAAUGUUGCUCUAAUGGGUACCAACUUAGCAUGUAGUGCUUCCAAUUGCUUUGACACAGCACACCAUAGUACAGUAGUGCGCAGCCUGUCCCGUGGCUUAUCACUGACACUAACCCCGACUCCAACUGAAGAUGGUGGUGUAUCUACUGGCCAUGAUUCUCCUACUAAGCUACCAUCAUCUGCUUCAGCAUGGCGCCAGACUAUCAAGGAAGACAGUGAACUUGUGGUGAAUGUUCAUGACAACAACAGCGGUGAUGACGGUGAUGAUGUGGAUGGUGAUGGGCAGAAUCUACCACUUGUUGCUGCAAUCUUGGGCGUUGAAUGUCGUUCAGCUCAUAGUCAAUUUGAGCGAAUGCUGUUCAAAUUCUUUGUGGAGAUGAUGACAUACUCCUUGCCCUCCAAACGUUCUGUCAACACUGACUGGGCUCAGCUGUGUAGACAAACAUUGGCAGUGCGCCAGCAGUGUGCACGCUUGACAAUGUGUAUUUUGCACCCACUGAAGUCUGCCAAGGAUCGCUGCUUUUUCUUUGAUCAGUUGGCUGCCAUCAAGCCACUGAGUACAUUCUUUCAGCAACUGCUGUCCACUCCUCUAUCACACAAGUUUGUUGGCCGUGUCAUCUUGUACACACGUCAACUCUUACGCCACCAUGGGAAUGAGCUGGGGAAAGAGCAAGAGGAGUGCGCGUAUGCCGUACUACGCAUGUCACUUGACACUGGCUAUAGCCUUCUGCCAAGUGUUGUCAAAGUAGAAGAUCUGCUGAAGAAGUCAGUCGGUUCUCUCUAUCAACCGUUGGUUAUCAUGGCACAGACUGAACGUCAAUGGCGUCAUCAGGAGCGUCAAAUUCAAGACCGAUGGUGGGACACUCAUUGCACUGUGCUCCUGCAACUACGGGCACAGAGCCGUCAGCUGCAUGAAUCUAUCAACUCAUCAAGUCGUCUUGCACAAGAUCGGGUCUUUUCACGGCAGCGGCGAGUUGAGUGGUUUCUCUUGGAUGCUACCAAAGCAUCGUUUGACCAACUUCACCGCACAGUGACAUUAUGGAGACAUCUUGUCAAUGUCUUCUGCCAUACCCGAGGUGUGUGGAACACUGCUAUCAGCUGGCCUGUCAGUUGGCAAAUUGACCCCACAGAAGCUCCAAAUCGAACACGACUGAGACUACAACCAUGCUAUUUUGACAUGGACAGCCGCUUUCUGCUACCAGAGCGACGGAAACAGAGGCAAGCCAUUCAUCCAUGUCACAAUGAGUUGUCAUACCUGUUUACCAGCCAACACAGUCUCUUGUUAGAGCCAGGUUUGGCCAAUCGAGGGCUGCUGGAUUCAGGUGAAGUCAUCAAAGCUAACUUGCCAUGCACCAGUGUCACGCCUGGACAUACAGCCGUUGGAGAGAUUCUUAUUGGGAGUGACAAUGUGUACUUUGUUGGCGAAGAAUCCCGUAAAGAUGCCAAUCUUUCUGCCAUUUUGCAAGGUAGCUCAGAGCAGUGUCAUAUGUGGCCGUAUGCAGAUAUCUUGGAAAUUCUUUGUCGCCGGUACAACCUCAAGGACAAUGCUAUGGAGCUGUUUCUGGCUAGUAACAAAACUGUGCUACUGGCAUUCGAGUCUACAACGGUUCGUGAUGAAGCCUUCAAGAAGCUUAUCAGUCUGAACUUACCCAAUCUCAUGGACUACAAUGACUCUGUAAAGGGUUCCUUUCUUCGCCAAUCCAUCAAGCAGCGCUGGCAGGAAGGGUACCUGUCUAAUUUUGAAUAUCUCACUCAUCUCAACAAGCUGGCUGGACGAUCGUUCAAUGACCUCAUGCAGUAUCCGGUCUUUCCGUUUGUGUUGGCUGACUACACAAGUGCUUCUCUUGAUCUGACAAAUCCUGCAACAUUCAGAGACUUGUCCAAGCCAAUUGCAGUCCAAGAUGAGAGUAAAGUGCAGAAGUACUGUGAGAAGUAUGAUUACAUGGACCACGAGUACCGUAAUGUUGAUCCAUCGGAGCGUAUGCAUCACUGGACACCCUAUCACUAUGGCUCUCACUAUAGCAAUGCUGGCAUAGUGCUGCAUUUCCUAGUGCGUCUUAUGCCAUACACCACUCUGUUUCUAGAUUUCCAAGAUAACAACUUUGACAUACCUGACAGGACGUUCCAUAACAUUCAAACCACCUGGAGAUUAGCAUCUUCACUUUCCUCUUCUGAUGUCAAAGAGCUUAUUCCAGAGUUCUUCUAUUUACCUGAGUUUCUACUAAACAACGAAGGAUUUGCAUUCGGAGUUCGUCAAGAUGAACACGUUGUGCAUGAUGUUCAUCUACCUCCUUGGGCUAACAACAACGCAAGAACGUUCAUAUUGAAACACAGACAGGCACUGGAAUCAGAAUAUGUAUCACAGCAUCUUCAUUUGUGGAUUGAUUUGAUCUUUGGCUAUCGACAAACUGGUCCCGCCGCUAAGGAAUCCAUCAAUGUUUUCCACCCCGCUACGUACAGUGGAAUGGAGAUUGACAGUAUUGCUGAUCCAGUAAGGCGUAGAGCAGUAGAACAAAUGGUACGCACGUACGGCCAGACACCCAGUCAGCUGUUUACUUCAGCUCAUCCACCUCGAUUCAUUGGGAGCACAUCUGUACUGAAAGUACACUGGAAUCUACUGUCACUGUCCAGCGACUCUCAUCCACUGCAAACCUCCUCUUCUCAAAAACCCGCAAGGUCGUCCUCAGCAGCAGCAGCAGCUUGGGUUGAGGUUGUUUACCAGUCGAAAGUGAAUGGUCGUGUUAGCGGAAUCAUUGUCUCAUCACGUGGUGAGGUAGAGGUUUUGACUGGAAUGAAUCGCUGUCACUUAGCAUUGUAUUGGGCCAAUGCUAUUGUGAUGUGUGAUGUCACAUGGCUUUGGUGUGAUGGCCGCGUUUCCAUCUCAGUCAUCGAUGAUGGCAUUACUGCAUUGCCAUCACGAUCCGGUCGUCGUCGUCGUAUUGCACAGUUAUGUCUCCCAGCAUUGAGUAAUGGUCAUCAAGUCACUUGCUGUGCUGCAACACCUCAUGGCGAUUUGCUCAUGGCUAGCACUGAUGGACUGCUUCGAAUAUUUGCUCUUGGUGGAGCUAAGCGUCACCUCCUCAAGCAGCAGUUCAACUUGGAAGUUGGCGAUUGUUUGGCCCUGGCUGGUCACUACUGUAGCAUCACGGCUAUGGCUGUUAGUCGUGCAUAUGGUAUCUGUGUGACUGCGGAUGAACAAGGUCAUUGUAUUCUCUGGGACCUCAAUCGGUUCACAUUCAUCCGUUCAUUACCUAAAGUCUCAUUGGCAGUGUCCUGUAUAGCAGUUAGUAGCACUCUUGGUGAUAUUGCCUGUGCCACAAGUUUACCCACUCUUCCAACUACACGCAAGGCAACAGCAGCAGCAGCAGGAGCAUCGGCAGCAGCAGCCAUUACAGCCUGGACCAUCAAUGGACAAGUUGUUGGUCACUGCACAGUGUCAAGUCGCAUUCUCUGUUUAGCCUACUCAACUGGCACAGAAGGUGUCAAUGUCAAUGUCUUAGCUGCUGGCCUACAGGAAGGUCUUGUCCGAUUAUUCAGUAGCUGGGACCUGAGUGUUAUCACGGAUAUUCGUCUUGUAUCGCCAACUUCUCAUCCGAUCACAGUGGUUGUGUUCAGCAGUGACAGCCAAAACCUAUACGCUGCAGAUUCAAGUGGCAACGUUCGCGCUUGGUCUGUACGUACACCCAAUCUAUGAUUUUUCAAACCAUUCCCCCAUCUUCCCCUGUGACAAAUGCGACCACUCCCCCUUAUGUUGCUUUAGCCAAGUAUGUGCCGUAGCAGAUAUUCACCUCCAUUGAUAUUCCUUGAUAUAUAGCCAAAGGGAGUGGUAUGGUGUGUGCAUGGUGUAUGUGUGCAGUGUGUGUGUGUGUGUGUGUGUGUGUGUGUGUGUGUGUGUGUGUGUGUGUGUGUGUGUGUGCGUGCGUGUGCAUGCGUGUGUGUGUGGUUAUAUUAUUCAUAAUAAUUAUAAACGGUGGCUUGAACUGCUGCAUGACUGCUCUACUGCUCUGGCGCGUUUAAUGGAUUUUGUUACAGAGCUUUACCAGUGGUGAUAACAAUACUGCUGCUGCUCCUGACCAAUAAGCUUAUAUCUUGAUGCAGGCACUUUUACUUGCCUAUCCAUUGAUUGCCUUGAUUGAGAAAGGGAUUAAAAAAACUUCUUUUGAUUGUGGUAACGAAGCAACAUUCUUUUAAAAAUGGACUUGUAUCUUGUGGAUUGGUUAAUUGCAAUAAUGUUGCCCCAGCAUUUUUUCUCUGUAUCCGUGGCUUGUUUUCGCAAGAGUGACUGAGUCGUGAAGCGUAUCACGAUAUCAUUGUACCUUAUUCAUAGGGAAAGGCGUAGUAUACAUAACUGUUUUUUGUUUGUUUGUUUGGGUUUUGUUUUGUUUAUGGAUCUGCAUCUUCCUAUACCAUCCCAUAUCCUUGUUAAAGCUUCUAUACUAAGAGAAGCUGGCAUGUAAAUUAGUAAAUUAGAGUGAGCAAAGAUUCUGCUUAUUUUGCUUCUGUUUUCAUAUUUUCAGAAUAUCCUACAAAAUCACAGAACACAGAUCACAUUACAUAGUACAGUCAAAUCAUAUUUUUCUAACUCAUGUUAGCAUUCUCUACAUGAAGACAAAGCAUUUCAUCAGUAUUCGAUUGCUUAUGAUAUUCGAUUGCUUGUGAAUUUUGAUGGUCUAGGUGGUCUACGUCUAUGUUUGAUUUGUGUUGCAGUGUGCGUACUUUUCCAGCGCUUAAAAAAGGCAUUACAACUGGUGUUUUCCCGCUUCCUGCUAAUUCUGAUUGUGUUGCCAUGCAGCUUCUUGGCAAACAUUGGUUACUUUGAUGCUCUCAUUCAUCUUUGUUAACAUUGGUUACUUUGAUACUCUCAUUCAUCUUUGUUAGGUCAUUGCUAGGUCAUUUAGGUCAUUUUCGAUUUGUCAAAUUUUUCAUUUCUAGUGCUGUAUCAUGGAAUGCAACAAAUGAUAAAGAUUCUCUUGCA